AAUAGUUUGGACACUUAAAAUAUGGUAGAAUGCUUCUGAGGAGACAGAUGCAUGAAAACCAGAGUGGUGAUGCUUAUAUUCUGUUUUUGUUCACAAAGGAGUGCAUACAAUAUAUCUAUCGACCAGUUCACUGAGAAUGACUUGGGGUCUGUAGAGGAGCUUUUGGAGUGGCUGCGCAUCGCAGACAAAGAAGAGAGCCAAUAUGAAACCAUAAAUGAAGAGGACGAUCAGCUGGAGAAGGUGGAGGGGAAUGGAUCUAAUGAAGUGCAUGGGUAUGAGAAUAUACAUAUUACUGUACACUGAUUUAGAAACGACAGUGAUCAUAAUGUCUCAGACCCUGUGUGCGGAAUGGACACAUUUAGUUAUGAGACGCCCCAGUAGAUCCUUAGUUCAACGGGGCAUUGCACUAUUUUAUAUCAUUGUGUAAUAUAAUGUUUUUGUUUUUUAAAGUGUCAAAUCAUUUCUUUAUUUUUUUCUGGUCGCCAAAAAGGCUGGACAUUUCAGGUGGUGAAAUGAUCUAUCAUCACUAUGGACAACGGUGCUGCAAUUCCUGUGCUGACAUCACAGAAUCCUCCCACUGGGUGCUGAUGGAGCCCUCUGUCUCCAUGGAGACCGGAGUCCCAGUAUAUAAACACAGAUCUCCUCCAGGAAGUUUUGAGUGUGCGGUGUCUGGUUUGCGCUGGGUUUGUACUGGUGAAGUCACUCUGCAGUAUCACUUCAGUGACCCAGAUGUAUUCAGAGCAGAGGUUGCCAUGUUGCAGUACACACCGAUUAGUUCCUUGAUGGACAUCAAAGUGCUCUCAGGUGAACUGCUGGAGGCCCACCUGCCCCAUUUUGCCUGUCUGGACGGCUCAACCUCCUCUCUCAGUGAUGCUGUGAGAGUUCUGCGUGGGGCAGACACUGGUAUAACCUUAGAGACCUGCGAGCUGACCCGCUUCCAUGCAAAACUCCUCAAACCCUCCUUCUCACUGACAGAAGUCCUGGUGAAAAUCGGCGUCCCGGUGAAAAGUCAUCUUGACGUGUUAAUCUACCGGACCAGAGUGACGCCCUUGACUCUCCUCACAUAUGUCGUGCCCCGAGAUGCUUCCAUGAUUCAGGCCGUAGAAGAGGAUAUACGAGAGAUCCAAGAUGCCAAGAAGUUAAAAAAACAUCGACCGGACAUGUCCAUUUGGAUGAACACCAAGUUUAGCCUCACCUCUUCCUGUCCUGCUGACGUUUCCCCACCGGAGAUCACCCUUAAAUACAUCAGACCUCCAGAUCUAUUUCAGGUGUUUAUAGAAAAUGCAGACCACUGUUUUGACUUGGAGCUGAUCAGUGAGGGACAGUCCAUAUGGAAAGCCACAAUACAAAGUGUCGAAUAUGGUGAGACUGGAGAAGUGGCACGCAGUCAUAAAAUGUCCGCAGCAGCAUCGAGACAUUCCCGAGGAGUGUUCCACAGAGACGCAUCUUACACGAGCAAAGCUGCCAGGGCUGACGAGGAGGAAGGGAAAAUGGCCACCACGUCAAACAAAGAUCAACUGUUCAUGAUUCGGCCUGACCUCAUCAAGAGAAUAUCAGGAAGUGUACUCCGAGAUCUUCUGGAUGGACUCCAAGGCCACCAGGCUCCUGUGUUGAGCGGUAGGGAGGCAGAGGAAAUCCUGCAGAGCACCCGUGUGCUGCGGGACCAGGUGACCUCCCUCAUUGACAUAGUGUAUAGGAAGGGAGAAAAGGCUUGUGACAUCAUGCUCUCCAUGCUCGAAGAACUGGACAACUACCUUUAUCGAGACCUUGUUCCGUAACCAACAGAAUCGCUUUUCUGGUCAAAACAAGUGACCUGCUCUGAUUUAAAGGCCUGUCUUUAGAGCAGUCAUUGUCCUUUUGAAAUACAACCACCUGCAUGUUUGCUCAGUAAUAUGGUGGCUAAUGGUAUAGCUUCCCAUACUGUGGGAUGGGAUGACUGUGAUGACUUUGUGAUUAAAUUCGAAAAGAGCUAAAUGGACAUUUAAGCAUGGUUAUGUUCAUGUCAAUCAAGAAAGAGGACUAAAUUAACCAUGUUAUUAUAUGAUAAUGAAAUACAUUAUGGACAUAAAAUGCAUUAGAGCACCGACUAGGAUUCAUAUUAAUAAUCCUCUUUGAAGACCAUUGCGUAGUAGGGAGUUAAACAAACGUAUGAGAGCAAAACAUACCCAUUCUUACUCUAUGGUGUGAAGCCACAAACACAAAAGGGAAAAUACUCAAUACGACAUUCUGAAAAACGUCGUAUAAACGUAAUGUGGCAGUGCCUUCCUGGCAGUGUUUUUCAUAUCUGUGGUAAAGAUGGAAGCCUCUCAGUGAAAGACACAGAAAAGCCUGCUUGGAGUUUGCAAAAUAAAAAGCACCUAGAGAACUCUCAGACUGUGAGAAACAAGAUUCUCCAGUCAGAUGAAACCAAGACGGAACUGUUUGACCUCAAUUAUAAGUGCCAUGUUAGGAGGAAAGUGAUCACUGUCCAAUGGCAGAAAUCCAAAUUCAGGUGCAAAACUUGAUUCAUACCCAAGAAGACUAGAGGCUUUAGUGGCUGCCAAAGGUGCAUAGAUUGGUACUGAGAAAAGGGUCUGAAUACUUAUGUCAAUGUGAUGGUUUUUUCUUUUUUUUAUUUGCAAAUUUUCUAAAAUUCAGCUUUUGCUUGGAGGGUUCUUGGGGGGGUCUUGUUUGCAAAAGCAAGGCUACAGCCACUGUAUGUAGUAUUUGAACAUUAUUAACUGUUUUUUUUUAUCAUGAUUACUAUUCUCAGUUCUUAUAUCCUAAUCAUAUUUCCUUACUUAAUCAUAUUUCUUUACUGUAUGAGUAACAUGCUGACUUUGUUUAGCUCGUGUGUGAUUUGUACCUCCCCAUAUGCAUGUAGGCCUACUGUAAGCAAUGGUGGGAUCACUUCUGUUUGUAAAUAUUUUUUUCUCUGUGACAAAAUGUGAAAUCUGGGCCUGAUUAAAAGUUAGUAAUACGA